GUGUUUCUACCUGGCGUCUGUGAGUACUCAAGCUGAGGGCGGAAACCCUCCCCGCCACCGGAGAACCGGAGGAGGCAGAGGCUGCGCAGGGGGCUUCGGACAAGUUCUUACACAGUACUCUAGAUGGCUUCUAAGAAGUCUGCUUCAGACUUGCACGGGCCCUGUAGCUAUUUAGAAGACGUCCCAUUUAAGAUCGGAGACAAGUUUCGGGUGCCGGAUAAAGUUGGGCUGCCUAUUGGCUUCUGUGUGCCGGACGUUUCCCAGCUUGUGAGGGAAGCUCAGUAUGAUUUCUUACUGGAGAAGAAGACCAUUCAGUGGGCAGAAGAAAUUAAAGAGAUCAAAGCUGCCCAAAAGGAAGCCGAGCUAAAGGCCAGGGCAGCUCUUUCCCAGGAAAGUGUGGAAGCAGCCGGCGGCAAUGCAAAGAACAAAAGUGCCCCCUCCGCAAUCAACCCUUUCCUUGCUGCCCUGCAGCACAAUAACAUCCUCACCCCGACUCCAGCCAGCGACAGCGCCACCAAGCAUAAAGCCCUGAGCCCCCCUCAUAUCAAAGCAGACUUCAACCCUGCUGACUUCGAAUGCGAAGAGGACCCGUUUGAUAAAUUAGAGUUAAAAACCAUUGACGACAAAGAGGAGUUAAAGAGCAUCCUUAAUAUUCACAUCCGGCCGAUGCCGGCGGGCGAUUCCUCUAAGGAGGGCAAGGAGCCGACCUUUAACUCCUCAGGCACAGAGGAGGAGGUCUCGGCUCCCCUCAAAGCAGAAGACUUGGACCUUAAGCUCCUUCCCAAGCCCAAUGGCUUCAUCACUCUGCCGCAUUUAGAAAACUGUGAAAUUAUCCCCCCGUCUUCCAAAGUGUCCCUUGCGCCCAUCAGCACAGUCAGCAAUAUCAAGUCCCUCUCCUUCCCCAAACUGGACUCGGACGAAGGGGAGCAGAACGUAGGGAAAUUCACUAGCACUUUUCAUAGCACUACCUGUCUACCCAACGGCGCCUUCCUCGAUUCUCUGUCGGCUUCUUCUCCCCAUAAACCCAGCGAAAUGAAUGGACACCAUAUGCCAGGCCACUCUUCCUUACACGCCGACAGUUUGGCACAGCCUGCCAUGUCUUCUCCCUCAGCCACACACACACUGCCAGCGGGCACGGAAGAAAAACCAAGGACGUCUCCAAAUAAUGACGCCAAGACGACAGCUCCGCACGUGGCUGUAUUGAGAGUGGCCAACAGCAAGCGCACGGGGGUGCCGGGCUACCAGGAGCUGCUGGCGGCGCUUUCCGGCAGUGAGCGGCAGUGCGUGGAGACCAUUGUGGGCAUGGGGUACUCCUACGAGCGCGUCAUGAGAGCCAUGCAGAAGCAGGGGCAGAACGUGGAGCAGGUGCUGGAGUAUCUGUUCAUCCAGGCACAGCUGUGUGAGAAGGGUUUCGAUCCGACCCUGGUGGAGGAAGCUAUGGAGAUGUACCAGUGUUCAGAGGAGAAGACAGCGGAAUUUCUCCAGUUAAUGAGCAAGUUUAAGGAAAUGGGGUUCGAACAGAAGGACAUUAAAGAGGUUCUCUUGUUGCAUAACAACGACCAGAACAAAGCCUUGGAGGAGUUAAUGGCGCGGGCCGGGGCCAGCUGAACCCCUCUGGCAGAACGUUCCGCGUAUGGAUACUACGAAUGCUAUUUGGAUGUCUACUUGGAAACCAGCUCUUUGUGAGCAAAUCCACAAGCCCAGCCCAUUGAGGAACGUGUGUAUGAUACAUAGCCCCUCCCGCCGGAAAAUCCAUGGAAGAAGUGCCCUUUUGUUUCCGAAACCUUCAGGCUGGGCAGGGAGAGCGGGUUCCAUAACAGAACUUCAUAUGCACGACCCAAGGGGCGGCAUUUCCUGUUUUUGCUUUGCAGUGGAUUAUGGGAAACCACAAGCUGGAAGCCUUAUACAUAGGGGCCUAUUGAGUGAAGCUGCUUUCUGUGCUUGUACCGGAACCUCGACCGUUCUGACCAGACGGCCUUUAGUGCAAUGGAUUCUUAUUUUAGGUAUUAGUGCUACACUGGUUAAUAAAGUACUCGGGCAGCAUAGCGUCAGACUAACUCCUGGCUCCUCCCUCUCGUUUAUUUGGUUCCCGAUACCCUGACAGCAGGGGGCACUGGGAAAGCUGGGGGUCUUUUUGGAGUCUUUAAAUAUUUGCUAAGUUAUUUGUUAAAGAGCUUUAUCUGUUCUCUACAUUAUACCGACGCCCCUUUAUUUAAGGAGAUAUACAAAUAAAUAUGGAUUGGCCUUUCGGCUGAAACUGUCCGGCCAAUGGCGUUUCUCCAAGCACUUUCAUAUUGCCACGGUGUGUUAUUACUUCACCCUGUUUCUCUGAGGGGGUUUCUAUCCAGUGUUCCAUGGAAUCAUUGUUCCCAGAGAGUGUAACCUGUUGUACAUUGGUGCAAAACCCCACCUGUAAAUCCCUUUGCUAAAUACUUUGAUUUGCCUACAAAGGGGACUAAUAAACCGCUCAAACUUC